AUGGCCUUGCCAGACUCUCUAUCGCAGGCUUUCGUCUUUGCACAGAGGCCUGUCAAGGCGCCCGUAGUCAAGGAUAUUCUCCCUUGCUCUAUAGCUUCAGAUGAAAACCAAGCGUUCAAGGAAGCUAUCAUCAUCAAGGAAAACUUAUUGGAACUCGUCAUUUACGAAGUAGCAACGUGUCAAUGGAGAACAGUCUUGCAGCAGCCAACAUUUGGAAACAUUUGCGAUUGCUCUAUCUUGCAUCGAACAACAUUCAUACCCACUGCUACCACAACUUCACAUAACACCACUGCUCAGAACGUCGUGGAUUUGACGCUAUCUGACAGGGAAGAGCAAACCUCUAGGUUUAGAUCUAUUCAAGGCGACGAUAUCCUGGUCUGUUUGUCUGAUUCUGGAAAGCUCUCUUUCCUUGCUUUUGUCAAGUACGGAGAUGAUGUAGAAACCACUGCUCCUGGAAGAUUUUUUCCUGUCUUUGAGGUGACCGUUUCGAAUCCUGGCUGGGAUUAUAUAAAUGCGAGGAGCUUCCUAGCCGUCGACCCAUUAUCACGAUCAAUCGCUGUGGCUGCUCACCAAGACUCAUUUGAUAUAUUUCCAGUUCUGUCGGUAUCCACGGAACUGAAUGUGGAGAUCCUUGGUCCAAAAAUACCAUUGGUAGAAGAUGGCUUUAUAACAGCAAUGGCAUUCUUGUAUCCCGAUGGUGAUAAUUUAGACAGGAUACGCUUGUCAUUGGCGGUCUCCAAAGACACCAUUCUGGCGACCACAAGACUAUCGAUACCGCAGAACGGCAACGAAAGUUGUUUGGUAUCUGCCAUUGCGCUACCAAGUGAUCUGCCAGAGUACCUGGCGCUUCACUCUUCCGAAAUAACACACCAGACGUUGUACCUCAAUUGUGAUAAUGGCACACUUCAUCGUGCCAACAUCACCGUUGCACCUGCUCAUCUAUCACUCGAUUUCAUGGGCAAGAGAAUAGGAACCAGUGCUAUGGCUGUAUUAGAUGUAGGCCAUCAAGAUUCAGAUGUUCUCGCUUUGGCAGGGCAAACAGGAGAUGGAGAGAUCAUAUCUUGCUUUUACGAGCCCGGUGAACCGAUCAUCAGGCAUAUGAUAAUAUCAUGCUGGGCACCAGUACUAGAUUUCAAACUGGUUGAUUUAUAUAAUGAAGGCAGAGAUGCUAGUUUCAGUACAUCAGGAAUGGGAUCUUCGAGUUGCAUACGAGAAGCAAGACAUGGAGUCGGCGUUAUUGUUGAUGGUCUCAGUAACGAUUUUGCUGGCGUUACUGGAUUAUGGGCUCUCGAUGUGAAGCAAGAUCAAAGUAUUCUUGUCGUGUCGUUUGUGGAAGAGACCCGAGUCCUGUCUUUAUCUGAGGGUGACAUUGAAGAUAUCAGUGAAGGGAGUGGUCUGGUCGUGACAAAUCCAACGUUGGCUGCUGGUGUAGCAGGAAACCUCGCUAUUCAAAUACAUAGAGAUGGGGUUGUAGUAGCAAAUCCAUUAUCAGGCGUUGGGUACGAUAUGGACAUUCAAGCACCCGCUUUUUGGCAAUCUGGAAAUAGCUGUCAUGUCAUAUGUGGUGCUACAAAGGAAUCUACAAUUUUGCUUGGGUUGUCAAAGGACAAUCUGGUUGUGUUGUUGACGAUUGGGAUUGACAGUCAUGGUCUCUCAAUGAACGAGUUGAGCCGCAUUUCUCUCGAUGCAGAAACCACUGCCAUGUAUCUGCCUUCUCAUCCAACUCUUCCAACACCUUUUGCUAUUGUUGGAACACACAUGGCUGAUGCACGCAUUCUGUCUCUGCCUGGCCUUCAAGUCGUGUAUACACAAUCCUUUGAUACCCCGAAUGCUGAAUCCGGCGAUGGAUUAAAUAUACCUCAAUCAUUCCUGCUUUUGUCGUCUAGCACAACGACAGCCCUUCUUACAACUUUACGUGAUGGCAGCCUCCUCUCACAACCAUGGGACAUAUCCACUUUACCGUCCAUAAAACCCACAAGAUAUUCGUUAGGAGCAUUUCCGGCACGUUUGAUUCCAACAUCCCUGGCUUCAUCGUGUCUAGUCCUUUCAGACAGACCUUGGCGUCUCGAUUUAUCAUCCAUGCAGCUUGCAACUGCUACCAUAAAACUGCACCCACUGCUUUUUGAACCAGUAGUGAUGGCUGCGGCUUAUGGGCUUCAGAACUCUUCUACUGAGAGCUUUGCGUUCUUGGAACCUAAUGGCAAUCUCAGUUUUGUGAGGCUCGGUGGUGUGGGAUACCGAUUUAGGAGUAUUGCUGUUAACGAGACACCACGUCGUGUUUUGUAUGAUAAGACUACUUCCAAAUUGCUAGUAGCCACUACAGGAAAAGUCUCUGGUGGUGUGCAGACGGAAAUCAAAUUGGUUGAUCCGAGAACAGAUCGAAUCUAUUUCAAGGAGCCAUUGAGAAAGGGAGAGAUUUGCUAUGCUCUGAAUGAAUGGCCCGUCAAAGAAGAGAAACGAUACGUUUGUGUUGGAACUGGUGGUUUUCAGGAUCAAGCUGGUGGUGAUAUGAAGGGACGAGUGCUGAUAUACAAUCUCAAGUUACAUACCGACAGAGCUGAGGUCAAGACUGAGCAAUACAAGAUGAGAAAACUUGGAGAAUUUCAUACGAAGAGUGAAGUGGUGGCCAUUACACCGUUUAUGAGAAGCUACUUAUUGGCUGCCUCUGGUAACACGGUCUAUCUGCUAAAGAUUGACGCCAGCACUAGGACAAUUGUAUCUGGAGCUCAAGCUGAAGUGCGAUGGAAGAUUCAAUCGCUUGAGACGAAUGGUUGGAAGGUCAUUGUUGGCGCUCAAAAGGAGUCUGUAACUGUUUUUCAAUAUGAUUCUACCAAGAGAGCGUUUGAAUUAGUUUCCAGUGACUACUACACACGAUCGGCAUCCGAUAAUGUCUGGAUUGAUGAGAACUUGGUCAUUUGUACAGACAAGUCUCGAAAUAUGUAUAUUGUUAGUGCAGAAACUAGAGCGGAAAAGACUCUACGCACCAUCGCCAGUUUCCAUACUGGAGAUUACAUACUACGUCUCCAAUACGGGAACCUCUCGUCUGCACCACCAGCCAUUGAUAUAAGUGGAACGAAUUCAGCUGGAAUAGGCCGAGCGAUUCCACCCGACAUUCUUGUUCCAUGGAAAUCAGACAGUACUGAUAUUUUAAACAUGUUUUCCUCAAAACCAAGCAGGGCAGAUCCAUGGAAUCGUGAUGCGUUUUAUGGAUGGAGUGUAUCUGGGAGUUUAUGGGUGUUUGAGAGGAUUGGAGAGAUUGUGUAUUUGAUUCUAUCGGUUUUGGAAGAGGUUAUGAGGGAGUGGGUGUCUGUGAGACCUGUUCUUGGCCACAACCAAGCAUUAUACAGAUCGAUGACCCACUCAUCCCGAAACACGAUCGACGGUGAAUACGUAUCCCAAUUCUUGGAUUUACCAACCCAUGAACGAGCCGGUAUAAUGACCCAAUGGCAUAUACAGUGGCAAAAGAAGCUCAACAGUAUUGAUGGAACACCAACAAUGAUUCGAGGCAGGGCUUCAGAGUAUAUCAGUCUAGACCUCUUGCCUUCAUUACGAGACAUGUCUGGAAUGGACUCGGAUAGUAUGUCUCAUGUUUUGAAAUUGCUAAAUAGAAUAUGA